AUGGAGUCAACGUUGACCAAAUACCUGUUCCUGCUGAAACCACCGAUCCUGGCUCCCAAACCGCCCUCCCGCACUCGCUGGCGCCUGCCUCUGCCGACUCCCUCCUCCAUCAGACGCUCCCUCCCCGGUCGGCCUUUCCCUCUCCCCUCCAAUUCUCUCGAUCAGCCUCGCCGCAAUCGCCAGGGGAAACUCGCCCUGUUCCUCCGUGUGCUUUUCGGCCCCCACACCAGCCGCCGCGCCCAGUCGCGCCUCUGGGGGUUUCGCUACGAGACCAUCCCCGCCCUCCGCCACCGCGCCCAGGCACGAGUCUACCGAGCGAUCGUCAAUCGACAGGCCAAACUCGCCCAGAGACGUGCAUCCGGCCGACGGGGAAUCGUCGGGUUCUUGACGGCAACACGGAGACGACUCCGGGGGACGGAAUCGCCAUCGCAGUCGCGGUCGGGCCGGGUCAAUAAUAGCAGCAGGAGUAGUGGCGGGGUGGUGCCGUCGGUCGAUCGACGCAGGAAUAAUCCACCACUGAAGAGAGACGGCACGGCGGCCCCUAUGUCGCAGUACUUGCCGUCGUCGUCCUCCGCGCCCGGUGGCCGCCGCAAGAAGGUCUUCGAGUAUCUGAAAGCGGCGAAUGAGUUGCGCCAGUCGUAUGCGGCGCAAUGGACGCAGCAGCGGAACGGCCUGCGCGAUUACGAUGAGGAUUACUUCAAUACGCCCGGGGCGUUUCCCGAUGUCGAGAUCGCGCGGUCUGGCGAUGAGGAGAUGGUGAUUUUUCCGAGUUAUGCGCGUCGGCUGGUUAAGGGGGUGCAUCAUUCGAGGGACCACUCGAGGCGACGUCGGGAUUCGACGUCGACGAUUGAUGAAUAUCGUGGGGGCUCGGAGGAAGGGGAGCGCGGGUUGGCGGAUUGGGAGGUCAUCGAGGAUGAGAAUGCAAUUGUUGCUGUUGAUGUGCGCGGCUGGGUGUAUGCGCCUCAUCGCGGGCCGAUGACUAGGAAGCAUCGCUUGAUGAUUGCGCUCGCGAGGAAACUAAGUGGUGUUCCGGCGCCGAAUAAUCUUUCGAAUGAAGCUGAAGAACCGAAUGCUGCUGCAGCUGUGGGGACGACUCACGGGGGUAGGGAGGAUGAGAUUGUGGACACGGAAGCUCAAUCGAUCAUCAGGAAGGCUGAAGGGAGGACGGACACGGGCUUGGAGGAUGGCGCACUACCGGGGCGGCCGCUGCAGAAGACGUCGACGUCGACGUCGCUGGAGUCGAUACCCAUGAGCAAGGAUGAACUCUCGGUUGCCAAUGCUCAUCUCAUGGAGAGACUCCGUCCGUUUCUAACAAAUCCUGUGACGCAGAUGCCUGUCACCGUCUUCUUUUUCAACGAUGGGAAGAGUCAGUCCAGGAGCAUCAUGACUGACGAGUCUGGGCACUUUAUGCUUCGUGCUGCGCUGCCUUUUGUGCCAACCCAUGUUCGUGUGCUGGCUUCCGAGGAGCUGUCCGCCGUGAAGGAGGUGCAGAUCAUCGAACCGACAGGAGUCAGUUUGAUCAGCGACGUCGAUGACACGAUCAAGCAUUCGGCCAUUGCGAGCGGAGCCAAAGAGAUCUUUCGCAACACCUUUGUCCGCGAACUUGCCGAAUUGACCAUCCACGGGGUUGCUGAGUGGUACAACAAGCUGGCUAAAAUGGGCGUGGAAGUCCACUACGUGUCCAACGCACCGUGGCAACUGUAUCCGUUGCUUGACCGGUAUUUUAAAUUGGUUGGACUCCCCCCUGGCUCUGUCCAUCUGAAACAGUACAGCGGUAUGUUGCAGGGGAUUUUCGAGCCCACUGCCGAACGGAAAAGAGGGCCCCUGGAGCAAAUUCUACGAGACUUCCCCGAGCGCAAAUUCAUUUUGGUUGGCGAUAGUGGAGAGGCCGAUCUUGAGGUUUAUACCGACAUUGCCCUGGCCAACCCCGGACGGAUCCUUGGUGUCUUCAUUCGCGAUAUCACGACACCAGAUCGUAAACGGUUCUUUGAGAAGUCGGUGGAGCAUUUGGACAACGCUUCGUCGCGAAGCCGCAGCACUCCUCACCUCCACGAUGAUUCUGAUGCCAUCGCAAAACGACCUACACUACCACCCCGUCGAGCACAAGGAUCUCCUGAUCCGGCCGAGGCCAAACAGCUAGACAAUGCGGACUUGAUUGACCUCCGAGAUGAAGAGGAGCUAAGGAAUCCGCCAGAGGAGGCGCUGAAGCCCCCAACUACGCGAACACCGCCCGCAAAGCCAUCCAAGCCAUCUUCUCUGCGCACUGUCUCGACCACCUCCGAACUAGAGAAUGGCAGCUCGAAUUCCUUGUCGCAGGACGGAAUCAAACGAAAACCAGUGCCACCUUUGCCAGCGCGGCGUAACCCUCAAGCAGGGCAGGCACUGUCAGAGACAUGUUCCACCAUUUCUUUACCCACACGUCCCAAGCCAGGCAGCGACAACAGUUCAAUCAUACCCCAGGACACUAACGAUGAAAGACCCCCGCGUACGAAGCAAGCGCCACCUCCGCCCCCGCCUCGUCGAAGCAAUACCGCUGCCACUACAUCUGGCGCAAGCAUUGGUUCUACACAAACUAGCUCUCCCCGACCCCCGCCUCCGCCCCAAAAGCCAGCGCAAUCAUAUCCAGCAGCUGCCGCAACCGCCGCCUCGGCAGCAUUGCAGUAUGCGUCUGACCGUCUCCCCUGGGCCCCUUCGCCAUCAAACCUCCUCCGAACCACCACAUCCAACUCAAACCUCCGCAACAGCAGCGACAGCCAAGACUCUGACUCGCAGUCCGGCCUCGCGUACCCUAGUUCCGCAGUCGGGCCAUUGCCCAACCGCCGCGAGGAAACGUGGCGUCGACGCUGGGAACGCGCCCAUGACCUCCUCGCCGACCACGGCGUCGUCCUGGGGAGUUGGCGCGAGGGCAAAGAUGUGCAAGAUGUUAGUAUCUGGUUGGUGGAAGAGGCCUUGAAAGAAGCGAAGGGAAAUGCAGGUGGUGGAGGGCGUAGGGAGUAG